AGCUCGGUGAGGAGUGGUUCAUCACAGAGGCUGGGGAAGUCUGCAGGGCAUUGGUGGCUGUGGAGGCUGGGAAUGAUCUCCGGACCUGGUUUUCUCUCUGGAAGCGAUAGGAGAGUACAGUGUCUGUAGGAAGAGAGAGCGGGGGAAUCAUGAAUCAGUCCGAGAAGGAGGAGGAAAGUGCCAGAAACGGCUCUGGAAAAGGCGAGAAAGACCAGAGCUGGGUCCCAAAGAUCAUAAAGAAGAAGGUGUGUACGACAUUUCUGGAGGAUUCCCAAAGUAAUGGAGACCGCUGUCAGUGUGGGAGCGAGCGAGCAGCACACAGCUCCUCGGCUACAGGGGACUUUUUUGGCUCUGCUGUGGUCAGUCAGUGGGACACGGCUGUUCACACGUCUGAAUAUCCCACUGACGCUUUCGGGGAGGUGGAGUUUGCUGGGGCGGGCCGCAGACACAGUCAUUUUCUGCGUCUAUCCUGCGACACCCCGGCCUCGCUUGUCUACAGCAUUAUGACUGUGCACUGGGGGCUGCCGCCGCCAAACCUGGUGGUGUCUGUGAUGGGUGGGGGCGGCAGGGAGAAGGUGAAGAGCUGGGUCCGAGAUGUGCUGAGGCAGGGCCUGGUGCUGGCUGCUCAAAGCACAGGUGCAUGGAUAAUAACGGGAGGUCUGAAGGAGGGCGUUGGUCGCUGUGUUGGUGAAGCCGUGCGAGAUCAUGUCGCUGCAGCCUCGUCACCCUCACAGUCCAAAGUGGUCGCAAUUGGCGUAUCCCCCUGGGGCAUGGUGGCCAACCGCCAACAGCUGGUCAAUGCACAGGGCAGUUUCCCAGCAAGAUAUUAUAUUCAGAACACGUCACAUGACUCCUGCUAUCUGGACAAUAACUACCAGGCCUUCCUGCUGGUGGACGAUGGGAGUGUAGGCCAUCGGGGUGGUGAAACCAACUUCAUCACAAACAUGGAAGACUACAUAUCUAACCAGCGCACUGGAAUCUGGGGUAGUGGUAACAUUGAGAUCCCAGUGUUAUGCAUGCUGAUUUCUGGAGAGGCAUCAGUUCUGAAGAGAAUGGACAUGUCCUUAAAGAAGGCCACGCCGUGGUUGGUGCUGGAUGGUUCUGGGCCGGCUGCUGAUAUGAUCUCUGAGCUGCUGGAUGACUUGAGCCCUGCAGCGUCUCCUGCAGAUGGAGAUGUUCGUGACAGCUCAACCGCUGAGCUCAGAAACAGAACCAAAGAGAUCAUCAAGAAACACUUCCCAGCUGAGAAAGUCCUAGAGAAGCUAGUGGACAGGGCUCUGAGCAUCUAUCAGAACAGAGCUCUGAUCACUGUGUUUCAUGGAGAUCAGGAUAGCCCAGAUGAUUUUGAUACAGUCCUUUUGAAAGCUCUAGUCAGAGCCUGUAGGCAGAUGAGCAGUGACGCCAGUGAGUACACAGAGGAGCUGAAGUUGGCUGUAGCCUGGAACAGAGUGGACAUUGCCAAGAGUGAGCUGUUCAAUGGUGAUAUCCAGUGGCAGUAUGAGGCCCUGAAGGACUGUAUGACCGAUGCUCUGGUGAACAAUAAGCCCCAGUUUGUUCGAGUCUUCAUAGAAAACGGUCUGAACAUUUUGGAGUAUCUGACUUACCAACGUUUGGAGAGUCUGUACCAGUCUCUGUCUGACAGCUCUCUGGCCUAUUCACUGCUGCAGAAGUGGCUGAGAGAGCGUCACAGCCUUGUUGCCAUGAGCCCCCACUCCCCUGACUCCCCUGAGAAAAAAAGCAAAAAAUCUCUGAAGGUGCCGCCCAACGUCCGCGAGCUCAGCCUGUAUGAGGUUUCACGGUUAUUAGGUGAACUGUUUGGAGGAAUGUGUCAGCCUUUUUAUUACUCUGUACUUGAUCUAGACCCAGGAGCCAGCAACAGGAAAGCUGCAAAGCAAUUAAAUAAGCUGCAGGCUGACGGUGCGUAUGGGAAGCGGUCAUGUAACCACCCCUGGGCUUCACUCUUCAUCUGGGCUGUUCUGCAGAACCGCAGUGAGAUGGCCAUCUACUUCUGGGAGAUGGCAGGGGAGUCUGUACUGAGUGCUCUGUGUGCAUGUAAGAUGCUGAGGGAGCUUUGCAAACUGGAGAAUGAGACUGAGACAAAGCUCUCCAUAAAGGAACUUGCUCAGAAGUUUGAGACACUGGCCCACGAUACGUUCAGUGCUUGUUACCAGAGCAGUGAGAGCCGCUCCUUCACUCUGCUCAUCAGAACGUCACCUGUGUGGGGCGGAGUCACCUGUCUGCAGAUGGCCAUGGCUGCAGAUGCCCGGCUUUUCUUCAGUCAUGAUGGUGUGCAGACUCUGCUCUCUCAGAUCUGGUGGGGGGAUAUGAACAGCAGGACAGAAGUGUGGAAGCUGGUCGCGUCGUUCCUGAUGCCACCUCUCAUCUACACCAACCUCAUCAAUUUUAGGGAGCAUCAGGUCAGACACACAGACAGCCUAGAAGGACCGAGCACAGCCACAGCAGCGUUGUCUCUGGCAGACCUCACCCGCCACACUGAAGAAGACAGCAGGCCUGAAGACGGCCAUCAUGGAGAAUCUGACCAUCCAGAUGGAGGAGGGGAGGAAACACCCUUUUCUCUCGCUGACAUUACACAGGCGGAAGAGGAUGCUGAGGAGUAUGCUGCUUUAAAAAAGGAUCCUAAAGGCGCAAAAUCCAACUUAAACAAACACCCUUUCAUGCUACAGCGAUGGCGGCAGUUCUGGUUCGCUCCAGUUACUUCUUUCCUGGGCAAUGUGCUGAUGUACUUCCUAUUCCUCUUCCUUUUUGCCUAUGUGCUUUUGGUCGAGUUCAAGCCUCCACCUCCAGAAGGCCCCGCCCACAUUGAAUAUCUUUUGUAUUUCUGGGUAUUUACUCUCGUCUGUGAAGAGUUUCGACAGUCUUUUUUUGUAGGCAAUACAGGUUUGUGUCAGAGUAUGAGCCUCUAUAUCCAGGACAUGUGGAACAAGUUUGACCUCACUGCUAUCAUGCUGUUUUGUGUGGGGCUUGUCUGCAGGAUGUUCCCUUGGUCUUAUGAGUUUGGCCGUUCAGUGCUGUGUGUAGAUUACAUGGUCUUCACUCUCAGACUGAUUCAUAUAUUUGCCAUCAACAAACAGCUGGGGCCAAAAAUCAUCAUUGUUGGGAAAAUGGUGAAAGAUGUGUUCUUCUUUUUGUUCUUCCUUGGAGUUUGGCUAAUGGCCUAUGGAGUGGCAAAUCAGGCCCUGUUGUACUCCUAUGACCCUCGGCCUUACUGGGUCUUUCGCCGAGUCUUUUACAGGCCGUACCUGCAUAUCUAUGGGCAGAUUCCACUGGAUGAAAUAGAUGCUUACAGAAGAGGAGAUAAACCAUGCACAAACAAUGUGACUCUUAUCCAUGAGGGAGCAGAACCCUGUCCACAGUCAGAAGCUAACUGGCUGGUCCUCAUCUUGCUCUCUGUAUAUCUCCUGGUCACCAAUGUCCUUUUGCUGAAUUUGCUUAUUGCGAUGUUCAGCUACACAUUUAGUAAGGUCCAGGAGCACAGCGACGUGCAUUGGAAGUUCCAACGGUACAACCUGAUAGUGGAGUAUCAUUCCCGACCCUGCUUGGCACCACCCUUCAUCAUCUUCUCCCACCUGCACCUCUUCAUCAAGAGGUCCAUUCGCAAAGUGCCCUCCACCAAGAUCAAACACUUCAUGUUGGAGCUCCGGGGCAGGAAGGCCAGUAGGCUUAACACAUGGGAGGCCGUGCAGAAGGAGAUCCUGCUCUCAACUCAAAGCAAGAAAGUGCGGGACAGUGACACAGAGCGUCUCAAACGCACUUCUGCCAAGGUGGACAACGUACUGAAGCAGAUGGCAGAGAUUCGAGAACACGACCGCAGGUUGAGAAUGCUGGAGUCUGAGAUGGAGUUUUGCUCUAGCUCCCUCCAGUGGAUAAUGGAAGGACUAGUUCAGAGUAACCUGAUCAAACCGACUCGUCCUCCUCCUCUUCUGAGAGACAUGGUCCCGACCACCCCCUCCUCACCAACCUGAUGGAGCGGUGCGUAACGGAGCCUAAACCCAAAGGACCUGCUGGACAGCACACAUGCUCAUGCACACACACACACACACACUUAGACACACAGACACACUUAUCUCUUGAACUCUGUGGCAAAAUCCUUUUUUAAUAAGCACCUCAGCGGUCCUGUUUAUUUUUGUGGCAGGGUUGUCCCUAUUAAAAACUCCUUUUUUUUAUUUUAAUUCAUAUUAUUGUUAUAAACAAUGUAAUUUACACAAUCAUGCUUUUAUGAACAAGGGUGAUGGCAUCUGAAUGCUCAGGUUUUUUUGUUUGUGUGUAAAAUAUCCACUGUCACUGUUGUUGUUCUGUAUUUAAUGUAGGUCUGUAGGUCUUUUUUGUGGGGGUCUUUACAAGGUGAAUUUGCGUUCACAAGCACAUGGUGCCUUUUAAAUUAUGAAUUUGAACACUAUUUUUUUUAUUGCAGUGGGGGGUUUUACUCUUUAACUAUGUUCUUAGACUUGACUAGUGCCUUUCCUACUCACACCCCUCCCACUCGUCUUGAGGAUCAUUUGAUUCCAAGGCUGGUGUGGUCCUGGCCUCAAAGGAGCCUUACAUGGGAAGACUGGGAGCCAGCUCAGGAUCGGGUUGUCAUAUUCAGUAACCGCGGAUCAGAGGUGCUGCUGCUCAGAGCUUCCAAGAUCCCUGCCUAGAUCUGCUCAGGACUCGAAGACUAAAUGGCAGUGCUGGACGUUUUUUAGGAGAUUAUGUCUUAGUAAACUGCAAAAUUGUCUAUGCAAAUCUUUUUAUUUUCUAUGUUUGAUGUUUAAAUGAAGUGUCAAAAUGUGUACAAAAAGACAAGUUCAGUAAUAAAGAUCAUCAUUUUAA